GAGUUCGCGUCAUAGAUACUAUUGUAUAAUGUACUGUGGAUCUGUAGCUACGGUCUGAUUCACUGUGUGCGAUAUCAGACUACCGUGUCUUACGAUCGAACGCUCAUAUUGGGACUAAAAUGUUCUGCUGAAUUCAACUGUUUUGAAAAUUGUUUAGGUGCAUUAAUAAAUAUGGGUAGUUUUUUCGGACAUGCUGCGUCUGGGAUUUUAUUCAUGAUAUUGGCAACAUGGUGGACAAUACAACGAACAUUCAAUAACUGCUAUCGCAACUAUCGAAGGACUCGUCGGAAAGCUAGACUGCCGUGUAUGAAUGUACCUUUUGAAGGGAUUUUAGUUGUCUUUUUGGCUCUUUCCGGCUUUAUCGGUGAACAAGUUUAUAAAACUUGGAAGUGGAAAAUAUUUGAUAAUGAAGGUAAUUUUAUUUACUCAAGUAUUUGGCAGCAUUGCACUAUGUGGUCGGCUUUUGCGUUCUAUGGAGCUGCCAAAAUUGCCGUGGCAACCUGCUUUAAAGGCUCCGAAAGAUGGGCUCAGGUGUUCUUAACGUUCGCUUACUUUAUUGAAUGUUUGCUGUUUUAUUUUCAUCUCCACGGACGAACAGAACUGAAUGUUCAGAUGCACUUGUUAGAGGUGACGAUUGUGUUUAUGUGCAUUCUAUUCAGUGCAGGCGAAAUGUGGCUCCCGGCUGACGAGGUGCUUCCAUGGUUACGCACUUGGGCCACGUUUGUUCAAGGCUCGUGGAUGUUGCAGAUUGGUUCAACGUUGUACCAUCCUCUACGUAGUAAAGAUUACGCGUGGGAUGAGGAUGAUCAUCUGAACAUCAAAUUCUUUACAAUGGUCUUCGCUUGGCACUGCAUUCUCGGAACCAUUGUGGUGGCUAUCCAAAUGUUUAUAAGCAAAGCAAUCAUGAAAUAUAUGUGUGGGGGGUUGCAGUAUUCGUCUACAUACACUGGAUUACAAGACAAGGACGAAGAGGAGGAAGAACGGUUCAUCAUGGAAACUAAAAUUAACUUUAAUGAUGAAGAAUGUUAAGUUAACUGAUAAGCUUACCGGAAUAUUGUCAAUUUUCUAUUUUUCUAAGCUUUAUAUAUGUUUACGUUUAGUGGCGUAACAAAGAGGUCUGUGGCUCAUGGUAAUGUUUUUACUGUUAUCGUUUGGCUCCACCUUACAUUAACUCAAAAUUAAUCAACGCGGCAUCCAGAACGUCAGGCCAUUUUUUCAGUUACACAUCCUAAAGUUAAAAAAUGAAAGCACAGUUCCAACUACAUAAUUCAUCAUUUUUUGUAAUAUUUCCGCUUAUACAGUAUUUUCCAUUCUUCAUAUUCUUCUUUCCAAGGAAAACUUUUUCAUAGCGUAAUAUGCAGUGGCGGCUCUAGAAUAUAUUUUCUGGUGGGGGGAUGGGGCUGAGCUUUCAGACAGGGGGACUUGGGCUCGUAGGCCCAGCUGUGGAAAGGGUUUGAGAGGGUGUUUCCCCUCCCAAAUGAGAUUUUUUUAAAUAAUAGAAAACUCUGGGUGGCCAGAAAUGACACCCUCUGAUUUUGACAGACAUGUGUUGGCUUGGCGUGGAC